AUGGACAUUCAAAGUAACGAGUCAACAUGGUGCAUGGAAGAAAGGAGACCAUGGUACAAAUAUGUUACCGUAGAGCCUGUGAUGUUUUUCUACAUGAUGGCUUAUAUGAUAACAAAUGUUAUCGAGCAGACAUUCUAUGUGUUCCGUGCCUGCACCGUAGACCAUGGUUACAGCGAAGAGAUAUGUUACAAUAUAAACAAAUAUGAGGAUAUUAAUAAAGAAGUCCAGGUGACGGUGUCAACAUUUCAUCAAUGGAACGGCAUAGCUGGUCAUGUUGUGCCGCUGCUGCUAGCAUUUUUCCUUGGUUCAUACAGCGACAAGCGCGGCAGAAAAGUGCUGUUGCUGGCCGGCCUAUUAGGCAAACUCUACUUCUCUAUCAUGAUAACCGUGAAUACUGUUAAACCAUGGCCUCUUAGCUACGUGAUAUACACAGCAGCGUUUCCCAGCGCGUUGACCGGCGCUGAUUUGGCGAUAUUCGCUGGUUGCUUUUCAUAUAUAUCAGAUGUAUCAUCAAUUAAUAAUAGAACUCUGAGAGUUGGAAUUUUGGACGUAGUCUACUUAAGCACUAUGCCCACUGGAGUCGCUAUUGGUAAUCUUAUAUACAACAGAUUGGUGAACAAAUCAUUCACAGCCAUGUUCGCUAUCAACUCCUGUCUGAUGUUUGUCGCUACUUUAUAUUGCACGGUGUUUCUUAAAUGGCAGACGAGACCAGAACAGAAGUCUUUGAAAGAUGAUAACGUCAAAAAUCCCGUGAAAGAUUUCUUCGAUUUGAACAACAUCAAACAGACUUUGAUCACACUAACCAAGAAGAGAUCUGAUAAUAGAAGAUUGUUCCUAUGGUUCCUGUUAAUAUCUAUGGCUUUCUAUACAUUCCAAAGAGACGAGAGGCCUGUGAUGUAUCUGUACAUGAUAAAAGUCUUCAAGUGGGACGCGACUGAUUUCAGUAACUUCCGAACGUAUCUCAGCACCGCUUACGUCGUAGUAAUGUUGUUGGGGAUACCGCUAAUGACUAAAAUCCUCAAUUGGAGAGACACGGUGAUAGUAAUGUUGGGUGCGUCAGCGCAUAUGUGCGGUCAUUUGAUCUAUGCGCACGCGCAGACUGACAACACACUGUACGUUGGAGCGACGGCAGCAGCGCUCGGCCCGUGUGUAGCGCCCCUUAUACGGUCAAUGACCUCCAAGGUUUUGGCGCCUUCUGAAAGAGGUGUAGCGUUCGCCUUUCUAUCAGUGAUGGAGAACGCCGUGGCAAUGUUCGCGUCCGUGUUGUACUCACAAGUAUACAAAGCUACGUUGGACACGCCUUAUAUAAACGCUAUAUUCUAUCUCACUAUGGGAACGCAGGCUGUCGUGUUCAUUUUGUCUCUGUGA